AUUAUUUGAUAAAUAUUUUAUAUUUACCGUCUGAUUUUCUGUAUCUUUCCGCAUUUGCUUCACAACCAACAAUGAACGCCAUGUCCGCCUCUCCAACCGAUCGUAUCGAAGAGACCAACUAUGGCAGUGGCAGCGACUCCGAUACCAAUCACGAUGACGCGCCAGAAUACUACCAGCCAAUCUCAGCGGUCGACGAUGAUGACGAUGAGGAUCAAGACGGGUUCGGUGAUAGAGUCAACUCAGAUGAAGAACACCACUCUCAGAACCUAUCGAACGGGUAUGUCAAUCGAGUGGAAAACGGAAUCUCGUCUCUUCAUGUAGGCGACGUUGCUGCGGAGGAAGAAGAAGAAGAAGAGAGGGUGAUAGAGGCGUCUGAUACGGCGAUACGGAGGGCGUUUAGGGAAGACGAGAGCCGAAGAAACGCGCCGUUGACGCCGGAGAAUGCUAUGAGAGUUAGGGAAGCGAUGCGUGGUGUUUCGUUUGCUGGGUUGGCUCCUGAUUGGGCCAAUGAGGUUCCUGAGGAUCGGUGGGUCGAUCAGCUUCGGAGGUUGAGGCAACCGCACCGCCCUUACAGUACUGUUCAAAACUAAACAUGUAUUUCCUGCUGGAUGAAUUCUAGUUCUUUGUCCAAAUUUUUUUGGUUUUAAAUCCCAUUAUUGUAAGUGUUUGAGUGCUUAGAUGUUGCACAAAUUUCUUCAAAGAAAAGUGAAUUUCUAGCAAGUAGUAAUGCAAUCUAAGCUUUCUGUUUUCA